AUGGCGAGGAACCUCACCGUCAUGAGGCCCGCGACGGUGGGCAGAUGCACGGCGGUCAGCAAGGGCGAUCUGUACGAGGACGAGGACGAGCUGCGCACGCCCAGGAUUGGCGUGGAUGAGGACGCGAAGGCGGAGGCGACCAAGACUGGCUUGACCAAAAGCGCCUGGGCAAAGACCCGCGAGCUCAUGCGCAGCCGCCCCCGGAGCGCCAUGCUGCAUCCCAUGACGCGCACGCUCUCUGUGCACCCGCUCGAGGCGCCUGUGCCAACGCCUGCGACGCCGGUCGUCGAAGGCUGCGGUGCUUUGGUGGAGAUCGACUUGGAUACGGGCGUCGUGCGGUCGUUGUGCGAGUAUGGAGCGCGUCGCGUGUCGCUGCGCUUGGCGCUUGGGCAGUUUGGGGCGCUCGUUACGACCGCCUCGGUCGUCGCAGCAGAAGUGAGCACGAUCGCGCCGGGAUGA